AUGUUUGAAGAUCCUAAAUUUUAAGUACAAUAUAAAAAAUACCAUCAAUAAGUAAAAUGUAAUCCCUUCCAGCACAAAUUUUAUUAAUUUUUAUCGUUAAGGUGUUUACAAUGUAUGGUAUUUCUGAAUUUCCUAUCGGUGUCUGACCCCAUGUCCACAAUUUUCCUGAAUAAUCAAGACCACAUGCAAGAUGAGAGGAAAGCGACACUUAUUUAAAAUCUGUAGCAAUUCUACUAGGAAUAGGUAAAAAGUAUAUCUUUGAAAUUCCAAGAGUGCCAUAAUGAUUCUUAUCGUCUCCAAAAGAAUACACCUACCCAGAAUAUGAAAGUGCUAAUGUCACAUUUUUGUUUGUUGUGAUAUACUUAAUUUUUUCAUUCUUGAAUGGUAGCUAAUAAAAGGAAAGCUCAUAGCUGAUAUAAUAUAGGCACCCUGUUUCAGAGAGUAUCUAAAAUGAAUUUGAGGAAAAGCCUUUACAAAUUUAUCUCACCUUACCGAACUAUCCUAAGACAUUGAAUGGUUUAUAAGUAUUCUAAUUUUUAAGGAAAUCUUACCUGCUCAUCAUCAUAGAUAUAUAGUAUAUCAUUCAUUUUUUUAAUUAAAUUAAGUUAUAAUGACAAAAUUGGAAGAAGCUGCAAAUGAUCUUGAUUUUAUAAAACACAAUACAAUAGUCAUCAUAGAACAUCUUUUAUGA